AUGGUGGCCUACAAGUACCCCUAUGACUUGUAUCACCAGGCCUUCGACAACCCGAAGUUGGCUAAUCUUCCAGCUUGCGCGAAAGUCGACGAGGACGGUACGGUCUCGGAGGUAUUUACAUACGCUGAGCUAUGUAGUCUCGGGAGGGAUAUGGCUCACUGGUUCAACACAGUGCUCGAGGUCAAGGAGGGGGACUGCGUGGGUGUGGCAAUCGAACGGCGACUCCGCAAUCUGCUCGAUCAGACGGCGCCGAACAUUUUGAUAGUUCGUUCGAGCAUUGGCAAGGCCGAUGCCUUGAAGUCGAUGGCUACCUGCCGAGUGGUGGAUAUAACACUUUUUGAGGCAGCCUCGCGUCGCCCUGUGGAUUGGGAGGCUCCAGCUCUGGUGGCCUGUGAUCCUGGUUACAGGCAGCUCUUCAAGAUGUUCUCUGGAGGGACUACAGGCCUGCCCAAGCUGAUUCCGGUCACACAUGGCAUGCCCCUGUCGGAGCUGCAAGGGUAUGCUGACGACGUGGUGCAACUACCCCCCGGGAGUCCACAACCUGUAAUCCUCCAGUUUUCUGGACUCCAAUGGCUCGCCUCCAUGAUGGGCCAAGUGAAUGUUGCUCUUGCCGUUGGUGGAGUUUGUCUCUUCGCUGACUCCCUCAAGGCUGGUUUGCAGUGCGUCGACAUGCCACCGACCAUAGUCGGCGCAGUUCCAACGCAGCUGUUCCUGAAUGCGAAGCUCUUGUCGGAGUGCAAGUUGACUCAUCUGCUACUAUGGGGCGAGGCUUCUACUCCUGACAAGUUGGUUGAAUUACAGACUCUCGUUGGGAAGGCUCGGGUCGUGGACUUGCUCAUUGCGACCGAGUUUUGGCUAUGCUUGGUCUGUGACGAUGGCUCCGCCAUGUUCCGAACCUUGCGCACCCAGCAAGUCGAGGUCAAGUUAGGGCAGCUAGGCGAUGAGGUAUCGGCGCCAGAAGGCCAUAGGUCUCGUGGGCGUGGCGAACUGAUGAUGCGUGGUCCCUUUGUUUGCCAGUUUCUGACGGACGGAGAAGGGUGGUUCAAAACGGGAGAUGUUGCCGAGAUGGAUAACCGAGGUGUCGAGGAAGCAUCUGUACUCACACACAACGGUCGUAAUUACAUGUUCGUAUAUGUGAAGAAGUUGGAGGCCGAGCUGAGCGAUUCGGACUGUGACGAUUGGUAUGCUGGGUCGUCGGGCAGCAGUGAUUCUAGCGAUGACACUGGAGGUUCUCUAGCUACUCCCUCCUAUGCGAUUACGGAGGAGGACGAAGCUGCAUUAUCCAUGCUGGGACAAUACACAACUCUACGCCGGGCCUUAGCCGCCAACAAGGAUGCUGCGGUUCUCGACCUGACUAUCCGUAUAUUGUGUAGGCCCUUGCCGAGGAAUCAUAACACAAACAAGAUAGACCGAUUCCAGUUGGUGGAGGAGAUCCUGGGUCACGAGGAUGGUUGGAGGGAGAAAUUGGAACCAGAGCGGCGACGUCGUCUGGUGAAUGCAUGGAAGCGUGUCGGCCUGUGGGGCACUGGCUCUUUCCUAGCAUGUGGUCCAAAGGAGUUCCUGUUGUACCUCCCUUAUAUGUGGUUGUCCACACUCUAUCUGCCGGCCUUCGACGAGGAUGCUGUCACAGUGAGAGAGAAGAUCGGUCUUUUUACAUUGCGACUCAUCAGAAGCUGCCCCUUGGACCGUAUUGGUUUCUUUGCUGCGUGGUUCGCCUUCUCCCGCCGAUUCAAGUCGGUGCGGAAGAUGACAUGGAUCUGGGCCCUAGUCGGAGCCUUCCUGGCCUUCCGAGAUGGUCGUCUCCUCUCUUGGCCGCCCGCAUUUUGGUAUGCUAUUGGAAAUCAGAGCAGUUAUGAAUCGUCCAAAUGGUUGUCCUGGGGAUUUGCUAAGCGUCAGAUGAAGUGGAAUGCUCAGUGGUUUUGGUGGUACUUGUCCUUGAGAUGGCUACGAACGGCCGAUACGACAUACGAGAGAUACGAGGAAGAUUGGAAAAUCCCUCGUGCGCCUCUCGAAGAUAAGGUCGCUGUGCCCAAGGAUGACGAGAGUGUAGAUGGUCUUGAUAGGCGAGAUGCUGCUAGCGUUCUCACUGAGGAGCCUCAGGAGACGCCCAUGGAGGCUGUUGAACAAAUGGAGAGUUCGCUAGAACCAACUAGUCCGGAAGUAGGGCUCGCAGGGUCAGGGUCUCUUCCAGCUGCUCCAGAUGGUCUCGAGAUGAGCCAGGAGAUGACACUUACCGACCAGGGCUGCGAGAAUGUCUCUACUGUCGACUCGCCUCCUGUGACUGACAAGGACCGCGAAGAAGGGGUUGUACCCGAGAAGGGCAUCGAUGACGAUGACAUCAUGUCUGCCUCGGACCUCGGAGAGAGUCCGGAUACUCUGACUCCUAAUGAGAGUAGUCCUGAGGAAAGCUCGUUGGCGAAGAAGCUCGCGGUGCCUCCUCAGAAAUACCAUUACAGGACUUUCCAGAAGUGGUGGUGGCAUGAAAGAGCCUUGGACCGCUUUGACUGGACAAGGACCCAUUUUGUGAAGAGUGUUCGUAAUGUUGUCCGCACUGUGCCGGAUGCCGACCAGUUAGUCGGUGAUGUUAACUUGGAGCAAGUGUGCGCAUUGAUCUCGGGCAUCACUGGGUGGAGCAAGGUGAAUGCCAAUACAGAUCUGGGUGGCAUGACGUCGCUGCAAGUUUCAAUGCUCAUGAAGAGGCUGCCGGGAAAAAUUGCAGCGAAAGACGUUCUGGUGUGUAAGAAUGUCGCCGAGUUGGUAGCGCUAUUACAGUCGCCCGCGAAGGAGGAGAAUAUGCUAGGCACUGUAUGUCCGGAGGAGCCAUUCCGAGCAUGGUUCUCUCCAGGACAGUUGACCAGAGUGUGCAAGUGGGCAUUCCAGAUUCGUGGUGACCUCGAUAUGGAACGCUUGCAGGACGCUGUCGAUCUCAUGGUUGAUCGUCACCCGAUGCUGAGAGCUCGGGUGGUUGGACCGGCACGCAUAUCUAGCUUCCUUUACGAUAGUGUCAUGGUACUCUUGCCUACCUUGUCCCGUCUCCCCGAGGACUCCUGGUCGGCUUGGUGGCUUCGUCUGCUGGUUUGCAAGCCAUUAUGGCAUGCGUGGGUCAAGGUGCGAUGUUCCCAACGUGCGGAUCACGUUCCUAUUGGUGUUCGCUGGGCAUGGGGGAAGGACCCUCGCAAAUGCCAGAAGCUGAUGUUUCGAGCACGGAAUGAUAUGGAAGAUGACAGGACUGACGACACCCCGCUGAAGCUGUAUUUGGUUCAACAGCGUAUCGAUGACCCCGAGAAUCCCGAGACGUACAUCGUGAGGAGGCAGUGGUUGUUCAUAAUGAUUCGGCAUGCAUGGUCCGACGCCCUCUCCUACUUCCCUAUAGCGGACGAUCUGAGCAAGGCGUUCACUAAUGACGAUCUGCUCAGCAGCCCGGUCGAUGUGGUCGACCCACGCCCGCUACUCCAGCAGAGAUUCUAUGAUGGCCUUCGAGUAACUCAUGGAGCACCGGAUCGUAACAGUUUUCGAGGUUCUUACUUUUAUGACGAGUCCAUGACCCGGGAUGCGUAUCACCACUACUUCAAAAUCACUAAUAGAUUCAUCUGUCACUUCCGUUAUCUGGCGGAGGAGCAUUAUCAUGUUCCACUGGAGCACAUAUUGAUAGCCUGGAUAUCGUUGAGCUUGGCCCGUGCUGAUCAGAACGAGAAUGUGGGUAUGACGCUUUAUACCCCCUUGCGCGAUGGUCCCAUGGAGAGCCAGAUGCUUGCGCUUUUAGCCGACUGGCGUGACUUCGACUUCGACUUCUCCUUCGGGAGGGGAUCUGUGAUGGAUGCCGUUCUACAUGUUUCGGAUAAGCUUAGGCGACGGGACUAUACAGUCUUUGAUCAGCCCGGCAAUCCUGAGGCGACUCUGCUGAAUUUCUUAUCGCUGGACACUCGUGUUCGCGGUAAUGGUAGGCUACGUCAUGUCCAUGUGGACAAGGUUGGGUAUCGCGAGGACGACAACGAUAGGUCUUGGGGCUGGGUUGAUCGACAGCAGUGGCGAGAGGGCCCGGGCCAUCGCAAGCGCAGUAUGAGUCUGGAGCAGACAAGUGCUCGUGGUGCUUGGUCCCUCGCUGUUACAUUGGCUCCCGAGUUCUAUCCUGCUGAUUGGUGCAGGAGGUUCUCUUAUUAUAUGAAGUUGACAGCUGAUCAAGUGUUCAGAGAUCCACUAGGGUCGUGUGGCCGAGUGGAGGGUGACGAGGAGAAUUAUGCUGAGGAGUGGAAGAAAUGGGAGGAGGAAAAUGAGGCGGCUGAAAGAUAUGAUAUGUUCCAAGAAGACGAACUAAUGUGGUCGAAGAUCUCCGCUCAGAAUGAGACUCAGCCUGCCAUUUGUGAUGAUGAUUAG